GAAGAGCAAGUCGAAGGUCUGGAAGAAGCGGAGAAGCUGACGGAGAAAUGGCAGGACGCUCUACCGGGAAGUUUCAUGAGUUCCGGAGCGUACAUCUUCUUCGAUCAAUAUAGGAUCAUUGUGGCGCAGAUGACCAGCAGCAUCGGUUUGUGUUUGGGUGCUGUCACGGUGAUCAGUGCGCUGAUUCUGGGGCACCCGCUCUCGGUGCUCACCGUGAUCAUCGUGCUGGGUUUGGUGUUUGUCGACCUGAUGGGCAACAUCGUUUUAUGGGACUUGGACCUGAACUCCAUCUCGAUGAUCAAUCUGGUGAUGGCUGUAGGACUGGUCGUGGACUAUAGUAUGCACAUGGCACAUAACUUCAGCCUUCAAGACAGCAUGUUGCCGCGCAAGCAGAGAGCUGAACUUGCUGUGAGGGAAAUUGGGCAGCCAAUCUUCUUGGGAGUUAGUACGACCUUCAUGGCGAUUCUGCCUUUGGCCUUUUCCUCCAGUCAAGCCUUUCGGGUCUUCUUCAAGAUGUUUUUCGGCAUCGUCGUGGCUGGAGGUGCCCAUGGCCUGAUCUUCCUCCCUGUGCUCCUUUCCCUGCUGGGUCCCUCUAUGGACGGCUCCAGCACGGAAGUCGUCAAGAUUGACAAUGCGGAGGUGCUGGAGAGCAACAGCGAGCACAGCCCCAAGGUGGCCAAGGGGACGAGUUGACAGCAGAGCAGCCAAGUCAUGGGGCACCUGAGGUGGACCUGUUUAGGAGUGGCUGGAUGGCUGGACCUCGUUUUUAUUCAUGGUUUCUUCGUGAUCACAUGGUAAAACGGUGUGGAAUGUCGCGAAAUGUCUUGAUCCCGCAAUCCAAACGGAUCAGUGGGUUUGUACAAGAUGACCGGCUAACAGUGACAGACGAU